AUGAUUUUGCUCCGUUAUAGGAUAGUGUCUAUUCUGAGCAUGAAUAAGGUGGAUCAUGCUAGGUACAAUGCUUGGAGGUUUGGUAAAUUAAAUAUAGAUUUGACUUGUGAUACUUUCUGACGGUGAUAUAGCAUCAUAACUGAAAGAGCAGGUGCCUUUCUGUGUGUGAGUAUGGUUGUAGCAGCCCCUUAAAGAAAGCUUGUCUGGUUCUCUUUUGAUAUGUGUGUCUCAUUUUAUCAGUGUCAUAAGGCUGGGAGACAGUAGUCUCAUUUGCCUUGUGACAAGAAGGGUUGCUAGGAAAUGGUUGAGGGGGACGUGGACUGAGAAUCCAGAGAGCUGCCGCAGAAGCUGCUGGGUGCAAGCCCCACUUCCUGGUAGGAGUCAGUGGUGUUCCUGCUGUGGCAGAGGUUUGGGACCGGAAGAGAGGUUUAGAGGGACCCAGACUAUCAGGUCUCAAUUAAAGGUAGAAUGACACCAAUUUCACAGGAAACGUUUGCGAACUGACAUUUAUUGGCAGAAGCUCCCCUUGUGAAGUAGAUUUUUAACACACUGGAUGUCAUAGGAAGGACCCUAGAGGCAGGUAAAUUAUGUCUCAGAGUGUUUCCUGGGUCUGAUUUUUCCUUUUCUUUGUUUCUUUCUUUUUAUUUUGGCUAGAAGUGUUCCUUAAUGGAGCUUUCAGGAAGUAUGGGAGAGAACAUACUGUUCUUUGAAAGGUGCAAAGGAGACAAAUGCCAUCCAAAUUGGAUGCAGAAGGAACCAGACUUCUUCAGCAGUUUUCGGUGAGGAUGCUAAGUGCAUGAGUGGAAGGUCUGUAAUCCCGGUUUUAAGGAGGGAUGAGCGCCCAGGUUCUGUGAGCAGGCGGGGCGCGGGGUGGGGGCGAUGCUCCACACAUUCUUUCCUCUCCCGCAAAGCUCCAUGCUUCACCUCAGCGCUCCUGUUUGUGCAUGCUGUUGGAGUUCCAGCGCGAGCUGCUUGCCUCCCUCGGCUCCCUGCAUCCGUCCGUUGUGCACCCGCUCAAACAGAAGCGUGGAAGGGGGCACGAGCACGCCAGCGCGAGCAUGAGGGAUGCGGGAGCGAGCAUGCCUCCUAACGUUCCGUGAAUAUGGCGGCGUCCAGAGUCCGUUACAGAGAAAAAGGGUGUGGCAGGACAGAGUGUGGAAGAGGACACAUUUACAAACUGUGGCAUGGGAGGGUGAUGCAAACAGCCACAAGAAAAUGACUGGUACCUGGGGACAGAAAGAAGAAAGGCGUGUGGGUUAUCCCUUGCCAUGUUUGGUCUAUCCUUCUGUGACCUCACAAGGAGCCAUCGUGAAUACUUGUAGAUGCCUGCCUGGCUCCAGCUGAGUUUUGUGUUACUCCUCAGAGAAGCUGUUGUCUGGGUGGAGAGAAGUUGGACUUGGAUGUUGCUUCUGGUAAACUUGGCCUUUCCCGAUCAGUUGGACCUCGACUUACAUUGGACAGUGAUGUCAUUCUCUACAAGUUAGCAUAUCGGCAGUGGAGGAGGAGCUCAAGGCCAGCCCCUCUGAUAAGGAAACCCUCCAAGAUAAUGACAGGAUCUCAAUGAUCUUUGUCUGUGGCACAUUUGCAGAAAGCAUGUCUGCUGCAUCCACACAGACAUGCAGGUAGCUGUGGAGAUCUUGCACAGGGGCGUCAACAAGGCCUCCAGCAUCACCACUGAGGUGGACCUCAUGGAAUCUCCAAAACAUCCAAAUAUCAUUUAACUCUUCUUAACUGACACAUCAGCAAAGCCUUAUUUGAUCAUGAAAUUUGCAUCAAGGAGGAUCCGGAGAGUAUCACAGAGGCAUUGGCUAUACGGAGGAAGAGGAGGCAUACCUCAUUUUCCACCAGAUGGUGCCAGCAUUAAUUAUAUUCAUGAAAGACACAUUGACCGCCUAGAAAUAAAACUGGAGAAUAUCAUAGUGGGUGGGACAGGAAAUGCCAAACAGUGACUUUGGGUUGGCUACAGAAGUCGCCAUUGACUUCAGCAAAAGCCAAAGGAGGCCCAUGACCAUCUUUCCUUUUUAGCUCACAAGACACUGACUGGAGGGUAGAGACUACCAGGGACUUCCCAUUGACAUGUGGUGCCUUGGCAUAGUGAUUUAUAAUAUGGCCAUCAGUUGCAUACCACAUAAAGCAUCAACCCCUUCAGAUCUGCACAGCCUGAUCAUGGCCAUACACUCCCAGAUUCCACCAAACCUGUCUAAAAGCAUGCAACAUCUCCUUGCAUACUUGCUCAAGUACAGGAUGACUAUAGGCCAGCUCAAGGGGAAUCUGUGGCUAUAUUAUUGUGAAGAAGGUUUACCACUAGCCUCCAUAGAAACAGCCCCCAGAAUCCCAAUCACUAGCAUUGUGGAAGCCUUGUGCACCAUGGGAUACAACCUCCAGGAAACUGUGACAUCAGCAAGGAACAGCAAGUUUAGUGAGGUGAAGCAACAUACAGUAUAUUGCAACAUUGUCUGAGCCAUUGAUACACUUGUCACCAGCAUUGAAGUCAGUGCAGCCCUGUUUGGAAGUGACCCCAGCAGGCCCUCUCCACCUCUUUCCCUGGGGAAGAGGGGACACGAACCUGCUUUUCUUACUUUCCUCUCAUCUGGAAAGAGCUCAUUGUAGGAGGACGAUGAGAAAGGAAGGGGGUAACGCUGCAGAAGCUGCCUGGAGAAGAGAACGCUGUGAUCCAGGCCAGCAGGAUACCAUGGUACCAACAUCACAAACAACAGUCUGGGGGAGAUUAAUACUGGCAUGACAUCCCGUGACAACCUACUGGAUGAUCCAUCCUCCCUGGCAUGACCCUAGGAUAUGAAGAACCACAGGGGCUGAUGAAAGUGACAUUGAUUUGUCUUCCCAAGAAGCAUCCUGGGCCAAGUCUCGCCAGGGACCAGCCCCAGGUUGUGCCACAGCCUCCGAGUCCAGCUGCCACAGGUGGAGAGGGUUUGAGGAGAUGGGUUCCUGUGCUUAGAACAUCAUACAGUUGCCUCCCAGACCCAAAGAGAAGAACUACAUCCGCAAGGGAGCAUGUCCAGUCCUAUGGUUCUUGAACCGUGGGUCUGUGAUCGACCUGGUGUGGACUGAGAGCCACUGGAAGGAUCAGGACAGAACUCCGGGGAGCUGUCUGCCUACACACCCAUUAGAUACCAACAGGAAUUACGGACAACCCCCUGUGUCACUCCUCCGGCUGCUGGGCCUGAACUGACAGUUCCGGCUGUUUCAGCUCACAGUGGCCCCAGGGCUAUGUGCUGGAGCCAUGGAGAGACGGUUCACAUGGUGUCCACCGGAUGAAGCAUCACCCACCCCUGGGUCCUGAAGUGCCUCUGGGACUGGGCACCCACAGAGCCCAACAGUCACCUCUGGAAACAGAACUGAGACAUUACAAGGCUCAGGUUUUUCACCAGCCUGAUCCCUUCAGGCUCAACAGCCUUCUCACUGACCAGCAUCUGACAGAAAUACAAACAUCAUCCCCCCUUUGUCCAGGCCCCUGUGGCAGUGUCUUCUCCUCCUGCCCCAUGCUUCCACAAGCUCUUCUGAUGUUUCCUACCAACCCAAGGGAUUCCUGGACUUUCACUUGGACUGGACCACUGACAUGAUGCAUUGGAAAGAUAAGCAGGCCCUGCCAGGCCUUGGACACAGCAGCCCUCACGAGGCCAGCAGUCACUGGUCUACUUCGUGUCCAAUGCCAUCUUUGGGAUCAGGCCUACAGGGAAACUGAUGGCCGUGGGACUGGGACUGUGGCCAGUGGUGCUGUGUGGAGCCCUGAGGAAUGAGGUGUCUGCAGUGUGGACUGGGUACCCUCAGGUAGAGAGUGGCUCCUUGAGUUAACAGGCCACCCAUGCUAAAUGCAGGGGUCUACUCUAUGGGACUCUCGCUACUGACGAUGACAUUAAGUUCACUAAGUGCCAGCCUGUGGUAGAAGGUGAGGAGGAGGAGGCAGAGCAAGACCAGGAAGAAAAAUGCUUCUGUAAAAGCCCCAUCAAGCAACUUUCCUGGACUCUAUGCCAUGCUCCUCUUGAAACUCUAAUGAGAAACGGGAUCAGCUCCCCUCUCUCAGCUGCUGUCUUACCUCAAGGUCUUGGAGGAUCUUAUACAGAGGAAAUUUAGCCAGAUUUUCUGGGGCAUGUCCUCUGUGCUCUCUGAGUCAGUGGUGGCUACUGCCUGGGUCUCCAAGAGGCCUUGCUCUGCAAGACAUAAAACCGUGAGGUUCAGUGAUACAGUUGAUCCUUUCCCAGCUCUACCUCCUGCUCAAGGACCUCCACAGAUUUCUCAGGCCCAGCGAUUGCCCCACCAACUUGUGACACCAAACGUGGUGGGUGUGACAGAGGUCCAGACACUCAACAGCCUCCCAAGCUCUGCAUCAAACCAAGCACUUUCUGCAUCCACAAGUAGGGCCAGUGGAACAACAUGUUGUAACAUUGAGAUGAAGGUAUUGGCAUCCCUCCUGACUGAAAACCAUCCCUGGCAGCAGGAUCUGGAGUGGAAAGACACCAUAGGCUCUAAUGUCCAAAAUCAUCAAGCAGCCAUUAGCCGGCCCACUCACAACUUGCCCAGGGACAUCCCACCCGCUGAAGCUAUCAGGUCGGCCUCCAUCCCUCCUGACCAUUGUCAGUUCCUCCAGCACCAUGAGGAGCCACAGAGUAAAUACAGGAUGAUGGAGGUGAGAAUACAAGGCCCCCCCUUCAGGUUUCUCCCAUCCCAGGAACUGACGCAGCUGCAGGGACGCUUCCCAGCAAACAGUCGUCGCCAGUCUAAGGACAAGCCUGAACUCCCCCAGCCUGCCCAGCCCUCCAUCCUCUACUACAAAAGCUACAAGUCGAGUCAGAUGAUGGAGACUACGCCCUCAGGGAUGCCCUUAAAGAAGGACCCAGCAAAACGUAAAAUACACGACCCCAACAAGGAGGGCCCCAGUUUUAGGGCCAAAGCCUUGCCUUGCACUUCAAGCAGCACCCCUGGUUUUUCACAUUUUGUGUGUGAAAAUGCAUCUUUGACUGCCCUUCUUGUGGGUUAUAAAGGUUUAUGUGGGACAGGCCAUAAUAGACCCACUUUUCUCAGUAAAUCUUUGCAAUCGAUCAAUAGAAUGAAGAGUGUUCUCCCUGACAUUGUGAUGAUUCUUUGCAUCUAUUGGGUUCUGUAAUGGUUGCAGCCAUGAGGACUUUUUUAUUCCCUAUCCCAGGAACGGUUACUAGAAUACAAAGAGAGGGCUCAGAAGUAACCAGUAUGAUCAGUAAUACUGCUGCGCUUAUAGCAAACAUAUUAGCAGACAUGAAUCAAGAGAUGGUGAACUGAGGACCACAGUUUCGCAGAAUAGAUAUUUGUUGCUCCAGCAUAAUCUUGGGUGUCAAGAAUUUUCUGGCAUGUGUUGCUUUAAUGUGUCAUAUUUUCCCCAUACUAUUUUUGGUUGAAUUAAUGUUUAGCAUAAAGAGAUAGAGAAAAUCCCUCAUGACCCUUUAAUGACCAUCAUAAUUCAGAUGGUUUUCCCCUUUCCUUGGUCCUCUGUUAGCUGUUCUUAAAAUUCUCUUGUGCUUGCCUGUGUAAUUAGACUAGCCAGAAAGGCAAUGCAUUCAACCAUGGCCUCUAUUACAGCUAUUAUUUUUUCCUUAAAGCUUAGAAAUGGGGAGAUGUAGAAGGACGUGCGCUCUUCAUGCUCACAGAUAAGCACUAGAGAAACCAGGAAUGUCAAACACACAGGAUUGUCUCCUUAGUGGAGGAGAUGGAUACCUGUUUUCCAUCCAGAGGGCUGGAGUGGAUGCAGUUAACAGCCUGGCGAGCUCUGCUAUCUGUAGGGCUGGGACACACCUGAAUCCCCUAGGCUAUUAUGUUUAUCCCAGACUCUCCCUCCCUGGACUUUAUCUUUAGCUUUGUUUCUCAGUCAAUAGAACCCAACAUAAGGGGAGACAUCACAAAUAGUUUAUAGGUUGGUGACCUCUAGGCUGUCUAUAUGACUGAGACCAUACAAGAUCUUCCUGUAUAGCUAUAAAUCGUUUGUUUUUACUAUUUUACUCUUUUGAGGGGCCCACCACCUAGCUCCCAAAUAAAUCACACAUAGAGGUUUAUUCUUAAUUAUGAUUGCCCGGCCUUAUCUUGGCUUGUUUCUUG